AUGACUAAUGUCGCGAAGUUUUAUGAUGACGUAAUUGAGGAUGUAAUAAACGGCAUGAAGGAAGAGUUUGCCGAUGAGGGCCUGGAUACGCAAAUUUUAGUUCAAUUGCAAAAGAUUCGUUCAUUUGUUCCAACUUCAAGUGGUGUGCGCCAACUUCCUACUUCCACCGGUCCCCUUCUAUCUGGGCAAAUUGCUACCGCGAAACCGAUACUUACAGUAGCUCCCCUUGUCCAGCCUUGUAUUGGUUCUGGUAUCAAUGUUUCACAGGCCCAAUUUUCAUCUUUAAUGCAACAACGUCGUGUCAACAAUGGCACUGCUUCACACCUCCCCCUUGCAACCGGAGUUGGUCUUAACCAAGGAGUAGUCGCUCCACUCGGAGGCGCUAUGGGUUUAUCCGCGUCAGCACCAACAGGACCAGCAAAUACAGCAAACAUUGUCCAGCAUCAAGGACACCUCUCCUCUGGGGCGGGUUUACGCUUGCCUCUCAACACGGUGUUACGGCCAGGGGCUGUUGGACUUGGAAUGAAUGCUAGUGGGAAUUUGACCCUGCCCCUACAAAAUCCCUCCGUUACUACCUCGACCACUACAGCUACUGGCCUGGGUCAUCUUCAGCCUCAUUUCAUACAGACUGGUCCUAUGGCCACUGCUCAUCCUGCACCUCAGUUUGCAACUCUUCCAUCAGGAAUCACUGGUAUGACUUGA